ACAGUAACGUUAUAUCCCCAUUGGAAACGUACGUUCUGCCCACUGCAGUUCUCAGCAUAACCCAUUGAUGGCGCUUUCGGGCGGUCCUUUGUCUGCAACCUUCCCCCCUCGACCCAGGAUGGUACGCUCCAGUGGCAGCCAUCUUGGGCGAGAGAAAAACAUCAACAAAAACUGGGGCUGCGGAAAAAAAAUGGAAUCUCUCGAGCGAGAUCUUCACUGCCCGGUCUGUUUGGACGUCUACACCAAGCCCGUGUUGAUGUUACCCUGCCAGCACAACCUCUGCAGGCAGUGCGUGCAGAAUAUCGUCUACACACAGGACGAGGACGACGAGGGAUACCGCGGAGGGCCAGGGCGUCCCUCGGCCUUCCCUUGCCCGCAGUGCCGUCAGUGCACCUAUCUCGGCCGAAGGGGGAUCGACGGCUUGAAGCGGAAUAUCCUGGUGGAAAACAUCGUGGAUAGUUACAGAGAAGUCGCCGCCCAGAUCAAGAAGAAGGUGGUGUGCGCUGAACACGAGGACGAGAGACCGAGCUUGUACUGUUCCUCGCACGAGAAGGCGAUCUGCGCUCUGUGCAAGUUGGUGGGGGAACACAAAGAAUGCGAGGUGCAGGAGCUCAAAAACGUCCUGGCCGACAAAAAGGGCAUGCUGCAGGGCAAGGUGCAGCUGCUAGAGGACCGCAGUCACCAGCUGGACAGGUUCAUCCAGGAGAACAAGACUCUCUCCAAGUCUGUGGAGGACAAGUGUUCGCAGCACAAGGACAUGGUACGCCGUGAGACCCUGGCCCUGUUCUCCAUCAUCUCCAAGCGGCAGUCGACCCUGUACGACAAACUGGAGGUGGAGAAGGAGGAGAAGCUGGCCUCGCUCAGCGGCCAGGUCGCCAGGUGUGAGGAGGAGAAGGGGCGCGUUGCCGGGCUGGUGAGGGAUGCGGAGGUGCUGAUGAAGGAGGAGGAGCCCACACGGUUUGUGGAGGCUGCGAAUGAAAUGGCAGAAAGGCUAACGCUGGGUGCUGAGAGUGAGGAGCUGACUCCCUGUGUGGAUGAGGAGUUUGAACACUGUCUGGUGGACUUUAAGGAGGCGCAGGACAUGCUGAAGAAACUCGACUUCGUGGAGGGUGCCUCCGGUCGUACGUCCCCUGACCGCCAGCCCUGCCCGGGCCCCAACUGUUCUGCCUACGGAGACUCUGUCUACAACAACCUGUGCUCCAAGUGCUACAGAGUCCUCACUGCCGCCAACUCAGGCGCUCAGACGGACCAGGACGGCAAGAAGAACUCACAAACACAGGAUUCCUCUGGCCAGCCCAGCUCUGCUGCCCAGCAGUCGAGCUCCCAGACCUGCCCCACCUCCCCCGACAGGCAGUCCCAGUGGUCAUACAACUCUCAGUCACCAGGGGGCUCUCCUGCACGGGGCCGGGGGCGCAAGAACAGCGGCGGCAGGGGACCAAGUCUCUCGUGCCCCCUGACCUCCGGCCCCUCCCCCCUGCCCUUUGACCCAGAACCCGAGCCCAGUGCUGCAUCAACUGUGACCCCAGGUAGAUGUAGUCGAGCGAACGCAGCCGCCGCCGCCGCCGCCUCUCGUGGGAGAAACGAAGUGCUGCAGCCGCAGAGCCGCGAGGAAGAAAGCCGUGACUUCCCGGUCGUUUCCGCCGCCAAACUGCUCCGCCUGUCGCUGGUGGAAGAGAACCUGUACCCGGGCGACUGGCGCGUGCGGCGGCGCGACCUCCAGGACCAGCUGGGCGGGAUCCCCAACAUCGUGGAGGUCGUGGCGGUGGACCGCAAGGAGACGGCGCCGCGGCAUGGCGGGACGUGCAACGACGUCGUGUGGACCAUCGUGGUGCGCUGGCGCGGCCGCCACCCCCGCCGCCUGGUCCUGCACCGCUUCCCCGGGCUCGAGUCCAACGUCUCGCUCAUGCUCGCCGACUUUAUCGAAGGUUAUUGCAUCUCAGGUGUUCAGUUCCAACUGGACUGGAUGUCGGCCCUGCCAACCAUCAUUACACACAUCCCCCCAAAAACACGUGUUCAGUUCCAACUGGACUGGAUGUCUGCGCCCCAGUGUCUGCGCCUGUCCAACUACAACACCACCAUCACACACAUGCCCAACCGUGGCCACCAACCCUUUGGUCCGCACCACGUGCUCGCCGACAUCUCCGUCAACAGCGGCCGCAUCUACUGGGAGGUGUUCGUUGGAAACAGCCGGGGCUUCCGUGUCGGUGUGACGUACGACCGAGACUACCCAGCCAGGGAGUUCCUCGGUGGGAACAACUACUCCUGGGCACUGAGGUACGACUACAUGUGCACGCUGGACGGUGUGAUCCGCUUCCAGGCCAUCCAUGACUGCCGCGAGGUGGUUGUCGAGGUCGACACGCUGCCCCGCUCGCUGGGCGUCCUGCUCGACUACGACCGGGGCCGCCUCUCCUGCUACAACGUCGGCCGCGGACACAUCUUCACGUUCUUCUGCAGCUUCCGCGAGCCCAUCGUCCCCGCCUUCGACGUGUGGAAGGGCUCCAUCAACAUCCGCACCGGACUCCCGCCCAACUCCCUGUAGUGUAGGGGGUCGCUGGCGCCGAGGUCGUGUGUGUGU